AUGAGCACCCCUCGCGGAGGCACCCCCAGCGGUGGGGGCUCCUCGUCGAACGAUGCGAGGACCGACGACGACGACGACGACGACGACGACGCGCUCGCGGGGCUGCCGCCGGACCAUCCGCUGCUGGAGCGCGCGCAGAGGGCGCUCAGGGCGCAGCUGCUGGACAGCAAGCGCGAGCUGGAGGAGAAGAUCAAGGAGAAGGGGGACGAGCUCAACAAAGAGAAACGCCGCCGCGAGCAGAUCGGCGUGGAGCUGUACACGACGCAGCAGCAGCUCGCGAAGCUCCAGACGAACCUCGACAAGACGCACGACGCGCACGCCGCGUUGGAGGCGACGCGAGAGCAAUCGGAGGCGCGUUCAUUUUUACACCGGUCCCCAUACGACCGCGUCGGCGUGGUGGACGCCGUUUCUUAA